AUGGAGAUAGUAUUGACCUUAAUUGAAGACUUGGUACUUACAGUAUGUGGCAAUACUGAAGCAGCACCAUUUACCGAUUGGGAACGCAAAAUUAUUCUCGACUACCACAACGAGCUAAGAGCAAAAGUCGCUCAAGAGAAAAAGCUUUUGAGAUUCACAAAAAGCGGAAACAGAGACAAAGAUAUACUACACGCAUUGGAGUCUUGGUCCAAUCCUGUGCUCUUUUACGGUAUCACAAACGAAGAGAACAGGUACGACGAUGAACGUCUCUACACAUUCGCGAAUGUAGGUGCACCUAUCCUUGAGUUGAUCAUAGUUGAGGGCUUCCAGAUGAUAUAUGCUAAAACGUUACGUUUUGGAUGCGGAUAUAAAGAAGAGGGCGAAGCGGUUAUUAUAUCGUGUAUCUACAAUUUGAUGUAA